AUGGCAGACUUACUCGAGCCCACUGUGUUGGAUGACAAUCCCAGGCAUAUUCUUUCCAACAGAACGUCGUAUCUGUCGACUCCAUCGAACAUCCUGCUAGACGGACAGAGUCUACUAUCCCCCUCGAGACGAAAGAGAUUUGAUGAUCGGUCUCAAUCAAGAACUAGCAUACAACUACGAGCGCACACUGCGUCCCCGAGCACCAAGCGACUGACUUCUCUGGUAGCCCCAGUCUCGAAGGAUGUCCAGCAUUUUGUCAAAUGGACCGAGACCAAGCAGAUUCUGAAGAUCAUGAAUUCUACUACUUUCAUAGAGAAGUUCGGCGCUCCACAGCUUAUCCAGCUCUCCCAACACCAUAUAGCUGUCGGAACGGCAAAGGGUGUCAUAAUUGCUUUCAACUACAGACAAGAAGCUGACUUUGUUCUCAUUCCUCGGAAGAACGACCUAGAUACACCGGCCCAGACCCAGAUGCCGCAGAUUAGCUGUAUAGCAUUCUCCUCAGAUGCAUUUCUCGUUGCCGCUGGCUACAAGAAUGGAUCAAUUGCUGUCUGGGACCUUGAAAAUGCGAUAUCGAAAUCAUCGUUCGACAUUAUCUAUGCCGAUGGAUUGAUAAGGCCUAUAACUAUGGAAGAGCGUUUUGGUCGUAACUCGCAAGGUCACUUAGAAGGUGUCCCAGUCAUAAAAAUUGAUUUUGUUGGUGAUAAAUACCAACAGAUAGUAUCUUCCGACUUAUCUGGGUUGGUGUUUUUCCAUCGUGGGUUCAGAAGAUUCCUUCGGAAGUAUUACACAUCUCAGAAGAUUUUAGGGAAGAAUGAUACCAAUGCUGAUGACCCAUCCGCCAAAUUCACAAUACAAGAUAGCCAGAUACUUCCAAUAGGUACUUCUGAGCAGAUAACGGAUACUUUGGGUUUAUUGGCGGUGAUCACAAAAAAUAUCAUGAUCAUCAAUUCCGUGCGUUCCCUAGAUAAUCCUGAAGUUCCUCAUCUGAUUAGCCAUUUCAAGUGCUCUAGACCCAAAUCUGUCGCUGGCGACGAACUGAAUGGUUGUUUGUCUUGGUACCCUUGCAUCGAGGUAGAUAAGAAAAUCCACAAUGCCAAACUAGCAUACGCAUGGUGCAACAUAAUUCUGAUAGUUGAGCUUGACAACGAGGCUAUUCCAGCAAACAUAAUGUCAAAAAUUGCGGACAUGAAAGAGAAAAAUAAGGGUAUUCCCCAGUUGAAAUUUCACAGGAAAGGAAGAUUGAGCGUUCCGGAAAAAGAGAGGGUGGUCACACUCAAUUGGCUUAACUCAGAGAUACUCACAGCUGUUACCCGUCAUAUUGAAAGUACAGAGACAAAACUUUAUUUCUUUUACUACACUGGGGUGGAUCAAGCCACUUUUACACAAGUUGGAGUGGACAAUCUCGACUCUCAGCAGGUUUCUACUCUUGACAUUGAGCUCAAAGACAGAAAGCAGCUGUUUAAGACAUCGAGCUAUAGUGGUAGCCUUAGAAUUCUUCGGCACCGCCUAGUGCUCUUAGUCAAUUCGCACUCGGUCUCACAAAGGUCAAUUCUUUCAGGAAGAUGCCUCAAAUGGGCCGAUAGACUCACCGAAUACCUCGCUCACGGGGAAUUUCAGGAAGCCCUUGGUAUGGCUUAUGAGUACUACGUAUCAGAUAACUAUGGACAAUUGGUUCUUCACGGGCUUCCUCAUAACAGAAAAGAGCGGCAUUUUGUCGUUGAACCCAUCCUUAAACGAGUCAUGGAAGAGUCCAUCGUGCCUCUCUUCAAUCCUGAAGCCCCAUCCACGAAGAAUGAGGCCAAUUUAAGGCUCUAUUUUACUUUAGCAUCUAUUUUGUCGAAAGGUGGUUUGAUUGAUGAGUCUCUACUUCUGAUGUUGGAUCAUAUCUAUGAAAGGUUCGAGGACUUAGGUUUAUUCUUCGACAUUUUGGAGGAAUAUAUCGUCUCCUCAGAAAUCAAGAACCUCUCACCUAUACUUUUCAAGGGCCUAAUUGAGCAAUAUGCCUCGAGUGAUAAGAGUGAACUACUCGCGGAGCUCAUUUGUCUACUAGACAUGUCAACGUUGAAUAUCGAUUUAGCGCUCAAUCUUUGCAAGACUUUUCAUUUGAGAGAAUGUCGAAUCUACAUUUGGAAUGAGAUGCUCAAGGACUACACAACUCCGUUGGUAUCUUUGAUAGAGGAGAUCGAGCUCGCCCAGAGCGAACAUGCUGAAUUGGUCAUUGUGUACACCUACAUGUCUUAUGUCCUCACAGGACGACAAUACCCAAGCGAUCGAGUUUUAAACCAAGACAUCGAAGCUUAUGCUAGAAACUCCAUCUGCGACAUUCUUUUCAGUAUUGGGCCAUUUACAUGGCCUCAGAAUUCUGGGAUACACUUGCUUGGACUUAAAUCUGAGCGAGUAUUUCCAUAUUUGACAUUUUUUCUCGAAUUUGAUACAUUUGAGACUUUGACUACGAUCAACGAGUUUUUUGAAAAUCCAGCCCUCAAUGAUGAAAUGAGCACUUUGAAUCGACAGUACAUUGUUGAAGCGCUUUUAGAUGUAUUUGAGGCUAGUGAAGAAUUGCAAAAUGAUCAAAGUCGGACUCAGCUAGCAAUCUUUUUUGCGAGAAAUUACCCAAAAUACUUCCAAUUUAUACGACUCUCAGAGACGGUUCUUCAAGACACUGUUGAUGAGCUUUGCAAGAAUAGGGAUGAGGAGCUUCACGAGGAUUGUGAGCUUGCAUUGGAGAGCUUGCUCUCGGUGUAUGAAGUUGAAAGCGACGCCCACCUUCUUGAACAAAUGAGGGCAGCUAAAUUUUAUGAUGUUCUCUUCAAGAUUUGCAAAGCUCAAGGCAAGUUCACACAAGCGAUGGAAAUGUGGCUAGCCAAACACCAGGAUAGUUCAUCGACCGACAUGGAAAAGAAUUUUGCUGUAUUGGCAGAUAUGCUUAAAAGCACAUUUCAGGUCGAUAAUCAAAACACAACGGAGCAAUUUCAUUUGACUCGCUUCAUCGAAACUCACCACGAGGAUUUAAUCAGUCUGAAUGCAGAUGAUAUGGUAGUUCUCUCGAAUACCUAUAGACCAUCUUUGCAUCUUUUGAUCCUCAAGUGUGAAAAUGAUACUCUUUCGUUGAAGUAUCUCGCCUCGUUCUUUGAGAGAUAUUCAAGCUCUGAAUUGAACUCAAUAGCACUUCCUUUACUAGUGAGAUACGUGGAACUUUUGAGCAUUCAUGACAGGAGGGAGGUAAAAAAUGUUAUCUCCAGAGAAGUGACUAAGUUGGGUACCCAUGCUCUGGAGAAGGAUGAGAUAAAAAAAGUUCUUGAACAUGCUGGCCUAUUUGAGCCCAUGGCGAUUAUCCUUUUCAACGAUAAGGAAUACAGUGGGGCCGUGAGCGAGCUUUGGAGAGCCAUCGAGUUCUCGCUUAAGGAAGUGGAUGUAUUCUCUGAAGAUGACUAUUCGAAGAUCGACUCUUAUCUCAACAGGAUCAUUUCCAUCAGCAAAGAGGCUAAGCAAGAAAGUUUAUGGACUUCACUCGUUGGAAAGGCAGUGACAAUGAGCGACCUGACUGAAGAUCAGCGUUUGCACAAUAUCUUCAAUGACGCUAUCUUCAAGUGCUUCAGAGCAAUUGAGAAUAAUGAAGGGGUUACGAACCGCAAGUCUACGUUUGCAAUUGUAUUCAACCAAGUUCUCGAAGUGGCCAAAGUUGCAAACAUUAGGGAAACGCUCCAGGACAUUUUGACGUCUUAUUUUUUCGAGUCUGAGAUCCACACCAUCACUGUCGGGAAAGUCAACCAGCGAAUUUCAAACAACUACGACGACGACCUAUUCGGAGACGAAAAGGUCCCUCGAAGCCCUUACCAGCAGCAGCAGUUUCCAUCUCAUUCCAGAGUUGCAUCAAGCUCAAGAACCUUCUCCAGUGGAGAGAAUGAGAGCGAUGAUUUCUACGAAAAGCUCGGUGGAUCCUUGUACGGUGAGUCCAACGCCUCCACCGUCAAGCAGCCUGGUGUUCGUUUCAGCGAACAUGUGGUCCGUAACUCUUACGUUGGCCUGAUGCAUAACGGUAGAAGCACGGUGGCCUCUCCCUUGAUGGCCCCCAGAGAAUCUUACAGAAUGACACAGUAUCCCCUGUUCGAAUACAAUACUCCAGAGUAUCCGCAAAGCACUUACAAUCGUUACAGUCUCAUGAACAUGGAUGAGAUGGCUAGCAUGCCCAACAGAAUGAGUAUGGGCUACCAGCAGAUGGCCGUGCCGAUUCAGCCAGACGACUACAACUUGAACUUGCUUGAAGAAGCAGCAGACGACAUGGAUCCCUUUGGCGACGACGACUCAUUGUUCUCUGAAGCCGACCCUGACGAGUUGAGAAGAGGAAUGACUUUGAAGAGAACCCCUACUCAGGCCAGACCACAUGAGGUCCAGGAAGAGGAGGACUUUACCCCACGUCUUAACUACACGAAGACUGUCAAGCGUGCUCGUUUGGUGGACGGUAACUUUGUCAUCGACGCUCCAGUUCCCAAGCUGUUGCUCAACACAUACACUCGUCCUUCUUUUGGUGAGAGUAACGAGACAUCGUUCGUGAGAUAUUCUGGUGUGACUUGUGGUCCUUCCAACUUCGUCAACUAUAAGUACAAUCUCCGUCAAACGUUGUACUCCCCACCAAGAGAGACUGAGAUCAUGGUUUGCAUAACAAUGUAUAACGAGGACGAGAUUUUGCUCGCCCGUACAUUGAAAGGUGUUUUUGAAAACAUCAGAAACUUGACCAAAAGAAAAGACCCAAAUUGGGGUGACGGUUCUUGGAAAAAGGUUGUUAUUUUGAUUGUCAACGACGGUCGUUUGCAGCUUCAUCAAAGAACUCAAAAGCUUCUCACAGCCCUUGGUGUCUUUCAGGAGGGUUAUGCCAAAUCCAAGGUGAACGAGAGCCACGUCAAGGCUCAUCUUUAUGAAUACACAUCUACUGUGGGAAUUGAGAGAGUUACGAAUGAUAGAGUCUACCUAUCUCAGAACCUGACUCCCGUUCAGCUCGCUUUUUGCUUGAAGGAAAAGAAUGCGAAGAAGAUUAACUCCCAUCGUUGGUGUUUCCAGGCAUUCGCUCCAUUGCUCAACCCUAAAGUUGUCAUGCUUCUCGACUGUGGUACCACACCAUCAAAAGACGCCUUCUACCAUUUGUGGUCUGCUUUCAAGGAUCCUAAUGUCGUGGGUGCUUGUGGUGAGAUGAGAGUCGCCUUGGGCCAAAAUAAGAGACUUUUGUCUAAUCCCUUGGUUGCUGCCCAGAAUUUCGAAUAUAAGAUUGCUAACGUUUUGGAUAAGCCCAUGGAGUCUGUAUUUGGAUUCAUCUCAGUGCUUCCAGGUGCGUUUUCGGCGUACAAGUGGGAAGCAUUGCUCAAUGUUGACGGACAGGGUCCGCUUGAGAAAUACUUCAAGGGUGAGUUUUUGCAUCAGAAUAAGGAGAUGGACGAAGAUGAUGACGAGUUCGAGUUGAUGGAAAAGAACUUCCAAGAAUCAGGCAUUUUCACUUCCAAUAUGUACUUGGCCGAAGACAGAAUCUUGUGUUUCGAGCUUGUGGCUAAGAAGGGUCACAACUAUGUUUUGCGUUACGUGAGUGGUGCCAAGGCAGAAACUGAUGUUCCUGAAAAGAUGGAUGACUUUGUUUUGCAGCGUCGUCGUUGGCUUAACGGUUCGUUGUUCGCCGCUGUCUAUUCCAUUGUUCACUGGACCCAGAUUUGGAAAUCCAACCACAGUCUUUUGAGAAAACUUUGGCUCCAGCUUGAAUUCUACUACCAUUUAGUGACUGUCUUGGUGUCUUGGUUCUCGUUAUCUUGUUUCUUCUUGGUGUUCCGUAUUUUGACGAAAAACUUGGGAUCACCGGAAGUUGGAUUUUCCUUUGGUACUACACUUUCGACCAUCUUUCUAUGGAUCUACGUUGCAUGCCUCGUUUGUACAUUCGUGUUGGCAUUCGGUAACACACCUCGAGGGACCAAAAAGUUCUAUACGGUUAUUGCGGUGGUGUUUGCUGUUCUCAUGGCGUACAUGUUGUUUGCAGCCAUUUAUUUGGCUGUCAAUACAGUGAAAUUGAUUAUGAAAAAUGCAGAUGGAAACUUCACGCCUAGCAUGUUAUUCACAAAUCAAAAAUUCCGAGAUCUUGUGGUGUCCGUGCUCAGUACUUAUUUACUUUACGGAAUAGGCGCCGUGAUUCAUGGCGAGCCCUCGUUCAUGUUUACGUCAUUCUUGCAGUACCUUUUGAUCUCGCCAACUUACAUCAAUGUGUUGAACGUCUACUCGUUCUGUAACAUUCACGAUGUGUCUUGGGGUAACAGAGAUUCGCCACAAGCCAAGGACUUGGGUACAGCGAAGAUUACCGAGGACAAGAACGGAGAAUUGAUCAUGACUGUCGUUCCUGCGUCUGACCAGGGUCUCGAAGAGAGCUACAUGAACACAGUCGACGACUUGAAGGUUCCGCCACCAACGGUUCCUGUUGUGAUGUCGAAGAAGCUGAAGGAGGACUCAUACUAUGCGUUCUUGCGUACCAUCACCGUGUUGGUGUGGAUGUUGACCAAUGCCAUUUUGGUUGCAAUUGUGUUGGCGGCAGUUGGCCCCAAGGACGAUACUUGGAGUGACUACAGGAACUCUACGAUCUUCUUGACGGUGAUCUUGUGGAUUGUGUGUGCGCUUGCCGGAUUCCGUCUCACGGGCAGUGUCAUUUACCUCUUGCAGAAGGCAUUGAGACCACUUAAAUGGUGGGCACGCAAGAGGAACAGCGUCUAA